CCGAGCGUAGAUAGAUAGAAGAGUUGGGGACGGAGACGGACAGCUCCCCGCCGCCGCCGCCUCCUCUCCUCUCCUCUUUCUCUCCUUAUAGGUAGAGGAGGAAGAAGGAAGCCGACCGCCCGCAAUCCACAGCUCCACCAGGUAAGCCCGUGCAUGAUUCAAGGCAUCAGCCUCAGCCGGUGUUGCUCUUGAUUCAUUCAUUCUGAAUCUGCAGCCCUCCCCUGCUCCAAGACAAGAGAUUGAGACAGAUGGAGGAGUUCAUCAGCCUCGGCGCAUCCGAGCCUGGCGCCUCGGAAGGCAUCAUAGAUCUCGACCAUGCCCUCCAAGUCGAUGCCGUCGAUUUGAAUCUGAAUCUCAAUGCACAACCACAAGGCAAGCCUAGUACUAGUACUAGUUCCCUCCUCGACAUCAUCGACCUCGAGGAAGGGCAGGUCGCCUCCGAAGAAGCCAGUGUCCAACAUGCGCAGGGGACAGCAGCAGAUAACCCCCACCAGGCCAAGCCCCAACAAGAAGCCCUGGGUGCCAAUGGAGGAGUGGGGCCGCCUCCUUCUGAUGGGGUCAUCGAUCUCGAAGAAGGUCAGGUUGAGGACAUGGACCUCUCCGACGACAAUGCCCUAGUCGUUGUUACAAAGCAGCAUGGUCGUGCUUCAGCUGCUCAAACACCCAAGGCCAACAAUGAUGGGCCUCCCCUUUCGACACCGGGCAGCGCCUUUAUCGACCAAAGCCCCACAAGAGGAGUUAAAAGAGCCCGUGCUGAAUCAACAGAGCCUUCUGUCCGUGUAGUCUACAACAACUUGACAAGGGAAAGCAAAAAGAAGCUCAUGGAACUGAUGCAACAAUGGUCUGAGUGGCAAGCUAGAAAGCAGCACGCCUCGACGGAAACUGUAGAACAAGUCUUGGACUGCGGUGAAGAGACUUAUUAUCCAGCAUUACAUGUUGGUUCAGAGCGAUCCUGUGCUGUGUCAUUCUGGGUGGAUAGCCAAGCACGAGGAAAUGCUGCUGUGGAUGAUGGUGCGGUGCCGCUGUAUGAUCGAGAAUUCACAUUGGGUUCAACUCCUAUGGGUGAUUCAUCAAAUGCUGAAGGCAAGAAAGAUAAGGAUGAUUCUCGCUGUUUCAACUGUGGUUCGUACAGUCAUGCUCUGAAGGAUUGCCCAAAGCCUCGUGACCAUGUUGCAAUUAGCAAUGCCCGCAAGCAGCACAACUUGAAAAGGAACCUAUCUAAUGUUGGUAAUCGUGGACAAAAUCGGUACUACCAGAAGACGCCAGGCAAAUUUGAUGAUCUGAAGGCAGGAGUCCUGGGAUCUGAGACUAGAGAAUGCUUGGGGCUCAGGGAAAAUGACCCGCCGCCGUGGCUGCACAGGAUGCGUGAAUUGGGCUAUCCUCCAGGUUACCUAGAUGAGGUGGAAGAUGAAGAUAAGCCAUCUGGCAUCACCAUAUUUGGGGACGGGGAGGUGAAGGAAGAGCAGCAGCAGCAGGAGGAGGGAGAGCUGCUGGAGAAGGGUGAAGCAUCCUCGCCUCGCAAGAGGAUGACGGUGGGGUUCCCUGGAAUAAACGCGCCCGUCCCAGAGAACGGCGACCCUUGGCUGUGGGGCAGCGCUCCUCCGCCCCCUCUUCAGUCCUCCUCGGGCCGUCACAACCAGCACUCGUCAUCAGAUUCGAGGGAUAGAGCUCCUCCUGCUCCUCCAGGCGUUGAGCAUUACUCGUCAUCGAGGUAUCACUCGUACGACUACGGACCGGCGAUCCCUGGUGCGGGAAGAAGAAGCUCAUCUGGCUAUGACGAUGGUGCCUGGACCCCGAGCCCUUCGUUUUCGAGCAGGCAGCACUCGGGCUCGGGUUUGGGCUCGAGGGAAAGGGAAAGGGACUGGGAGAGGGACAGGGAGAGGGAGAGGGAAAGGGACAGAGAGAGGGACAGGCACUACUACAGCAGCAGGAGGUGAAUGGAAUGCAAAUUUACCAGCAGUUGAAGAAGCCUUUACCUAUCUAUCAUGUCAUUGUUGGUAUAGUAGACAUUUGGCUGUGGUUUAUAACAAACAAACAAAAAAACAGCCUCUCAGAAUGGAUAUUAGUUAGCACUUGCAAUCUCACUGUUUAAGCCUCUCAUGUGGAUGUUAUUUUGUCAAGGACAGUAGUAAUGAGCAAAGAAAGAUCAAACUAGUACUACAAUGUGGGCCAUUUUACCAAUGUUAUCACUGUUUGUUCA